CUCCUCUCUGCCGUCGUCAACCUCUUGCCUUGGUGGGACGCCGACGUGCACCUGCUCAAGAUGGACGCCGGCGGCACCGACGUCGAGUUCUGCCGGGGGGGCGAGGACAUGCCCAGCUGUGACGCCGCCGCCAGCUGCUUCUCGUGGUUGGACUCCGAGGAGCAGAGCGACUUGUUCGGCCCGGGCGCCGCCACCGCCGCCGUCGCCGCGGCCAUCACCCCCGUGUCCUCGGACACCGACGAGGACGCCAUCGCCGCCCUCCUGUCCUGCCUGGAGACCGCGGAGGAGCGGGCCAUGCCCAGCCCUGACGCCACCGACUUCCUCUCGUGGUUGGACUCCGAGGAGGAGAGCGACUUGCUCGGCCCCAGCGCUACGACCGCCGCCGCCACCACGACCCCCUUGUCCUCGGACACCGACGAGGACGCCGACGACAGCGGCUUCAGCAGCGGUCACUCGCGAUCGCACAGCGAGAGCAGCGACGGCGCCGCGGCGGACCCGGUGGACCCGUGGAACGUCCGCACCGUGUACCCGUCGACGACCUGCGCCGCCCUGUCGCCUUGGGCGAAUUUCAACAUCUGGUCGCCCUCAACAGAGGACGAUGAACUAGUGAAAAUGGCUUCAUCUGUGCGGUGGAGUUCUUCAAAAAGCAGCAGCACGUCCUCCGAUGAUGCAGAGUGGGGGAUUUUCGAUUCUUGGGAGCCCAUGCCCAAUGAGGAGGAAGCGGAAGUUCUAAGGCAGUUGCAAAUUCAAGAGGAGGCUAUCAUUCAUGCGCGGGCAGCACUGAAGAGGGAAGAGAAGAAGAACAGAUACUUCCAGAAGGUUCGUUCUUUUAAAAUUCGUAAAUGAGAAUGUAUUUAUUGUUAUCU